AGGUCGAGAAGAAAAAUAAGAGAAACCGGAAAUUACGGCAACUCAUUUUCCGACGAAGCAAGAUAAACAAACGACAUAAAAUUACAUUAUUUAAUAUUAAGAACUCGGACAUAAUUUUCGUUGCCAUUGUCCGUAUAAAUAAAGGUAGCAGCAGCAAACGGGUGAGGAGGAUUGCCAGAAGCCGAGAGAAGGAGGGGAUAUCAGCAUCUUCGCGUUGCUAAGCUAAGCUGGACAUGUUUAUUUUAUGGCGAAUGAGCGCGACAUGAUCAUGGCAUGAAAGCGUUCAUGUGUUUCAUCUAAAGGUUGCAAGAAACGGGUGAAACCGUUGCUUCUUAAAAAAAGAAAAGCCCCGCAGAAGAACGUCAGCAUGGCGUGGGCUCUGAAGCUGCCCCUCACGGAUGAAGUGAUCGAGUCCGGACUUGCCCAGGACUUUGAUGCCAGUCUUUCCGGGAUAGGGCAGGAGCUUGGUGCUGGGGCAUAUAGUAUGAGCGACGUGCUCGCUCUCCCCAUCUUCAAACAGGAGGAGUCCAACUUACCUCCAGAAACUGAAAACAAGAUCCUUCCCUUUCAAUAUGUUUUAUGUGCACCUACCUCGCCAGCUAUUAAACUGCACGAUGAAACACUCACCUACCUCAACCAAGGGCAGUCCUAUGAAAUCAGAAUGCUUGAUAAUCGGAAGAUUGGGGAACUUCCUGAAAUCACCGGGAAAAUGGUGAAGAGCAUUAUUCGCGUGGUGUUUCAUGACCGACGGCUUCAGUAUACAGAACACCAGCAGCUGGAAGGCUGGCGCUGGAACAGACCCGGAGACCGGAUUCUUGACUUGGAUAUCCCCAUGUCAGUGGGUAUAGUCGACCCUAGGGCAAACCCCACUCAGCUUAACACUGUGGAGUUCCUUUGGGACCCCUCAAAGAGAACGUCUGUCUUUAUCCAGGUUCACUGCAUAAGCACCGAGUUCACCAUGCGCAAGCACGGAGGAGAGAAAGGCGUCCCUUUCCGCAUCCAGAUCGACACAUUUGAAGAGAAUGAGAAUGAAGAGUACACAGAACAUCUCCACUCUGCAUCCUGCCAGGUCAAAGUCUUCAAGCCCAAAGGUGCAGACAGAAAGCAAAAGACCGACAGAGAGAAGAUGGAAAAGAGGGCGCCGCAAGAGAAGGAGAAAUAUCAGCCCUCUUAUGAAACUACAAUUCUGACAGAGUGCUCUCCUUGGCCUGAGGUUACAUAUGUCAGCAACUCUCCAUCUCCUGGUUUCAACAGCACACAGAACAGCUUUCCAGUUGCUGAAGGAAAUGGAUCACCAAACCACCAGCCUGAGCCUGCUGUUCAGGUUGCAGAUAAUUUGUUACCCACAGCGACCCCGCAGGACGCGCAGCAGUGGCUUCAUAGAAACCGCUUCUCACCUUUCUGUCGACUCUUCACCAACUUCUCCGGGGCAGACCUGCUGAAGCUAACCAGAGAGGACGUGAUUCAGAUUUGUGGCCCUGCUGACGGUAUAAGACUCUUCAAUGCGCUAAAGGGACGGGUGGUUCGUCCGAGGUUGACCAUCUAUGUUUGCCAGGAGUCCCAGCAGGCUCGGGAGCACCAACCAAAACAUGAAAAUGGAGACGCUGCUGCCAGCACUUUCUUUGUAUAUCACGCUAUUUACCUGGAGGAACUCACAGCCACCGAGCUCACAGAGAAGCUCGCCCAGCUCUUCAACAUCUCACCCAGACAGAUAAAUCAGAUCUUUAAACAGGGCCCCACUGGUAUCCAUGUGCUGGUCAGUGAUGAGAUGAUUCAGAACUUCCAAGAUGAAGUAUGUUUUGUUUUGGACACGAUGAAAGACGACACAAGCGAUGGCUACCACAUCAUCUUAAAAUGAAUUCUCAACCGAAGAAUCAUCUGACCUUGUUUUAUUAUAUCGACCUGCUGCAGUCUGCCACCCUAGACAUUCAUACUCCUUGCUGUUUUAGGAUUAUGUGAAGUUAUCCUGAGUAACCCCUUGUGGCAGCUGGGAGGCCGGUGCCAGUGAAGCACCUUGACCCUCUCCCCACUAUACCUUAAUGUCCUUCUUUUGUGGAAGUGACUCCUUUAACAGUGGUGUAACGGGCUCCCCUUGCCAUCAUCUCACAUUUACUGUUCUUUUGUCACUUAUGUUUCAGGACAAGGUUUGUGACACCAAAGCUGCUGUCGGCUGUGCAUCUGGUGUGCCAAAGCUUCGAGCUUUAGAACCAGUUGCUUUUGAAAGUUUCAGUGGCAGCACCUGGCUUUCGGUUCGCAUUUCAGCAGGAUUUGUUGUGUUUAUGCUCAGUUGCCUUACAUUGAUUAGGCCAGUCGGCAGGAAACCCAUCGUAUCUAAAACUAUCUCAUCAAAAACCACAAGCAGGACGUUAAGGGAAACUGCUGGAACUUGGCAGUGUUUAAAAUCGCUCCAUUCCUUAUUAACUGUUUUUUCUCUGAGAAAUAAACAAAUGCGUUUUGAGCCCCAUAGGUUGUGUAGACAAACAAACCUGCACCUGGGAUUGUUCCCUGAGUAUCUUGAAAGUUGAUGAGCACUGUUUAUUAUCAGUGAUCACCAUGGCAACGCUAACAAAGUGUCUUCACAUGCUUUUCAUAUCUGUCAACUUAUUUCAUUGUGUGUCUUGGCCAUUUACCCCAACAUCAUUUUAAGGUGCUUUUUCAUAAUGAAUCAUGCUUGACAGUAUUUUAAAAAUAAUUUUUAGCAUAUCUUCAUCUCUUCAGGGUUGUUUUUGGACUUUUAACAACUUCAAAUGCUUUUAAACGUAAUUGCUCCAUGUAGCUAGGAAUAACGUAGCCCUUUGUACAUUCAGUUGCCUAUUUUUUUUAGAUAUAAAUUUUUGUUCCAUCUCAUCGCCGUUAUUAAAUUAAUUACUAAUGUA